UACCUAUCCCAACCCAUUAAUCACAUCAUUACUUGCUACUAAUCUAUCCCCCACCCAGGGAUAUCUUGCUUAUCCAUUAACAUCGCCGAGAGAAUAACAAUACCCAUUGAUAAAGAAGCAAGUCAUUAGCCAUGACUGCGACAGGAACGAGCGUUUCGCUCCUCAAGUUUGUGGGCACCGUCUCGCUGGGCUUACUGACGGGUGUCUCUUAUUCUAUCACCUCUCUCGCCCUUCCUGUCCUACUCCGACUUCCCUCUUCUAACUCCGCUUCCCACGGUCUCGCCUCUCUAAACGCUGCUCUCAAGACACCCAUCCUCGCCCUCACUUCUCUCGCCUCUGCGCCCUUCCUCAUCAGCUUUGCUCUCGCUCCCCGCUCCUCUCGCCACCCUUACCUUCUCUAUACAGGUCUCCUCGCCACCCUCUCAUUCGUCGCUCCCCUUCUAAUCCCCGCGCCUGCUCCCCGACAUGUCGCAUCAUCGGCGCCUCGGCAAUCCCCAAGAGCUAAAAUGGAGGCUAGCUAUGAGGUUUUAGGCGACGCUCACAGUGAGCCUGCCAGCGAGGAAGAUAUUGAUGAUAUCAACGGCGAGGGGGUGAGAGUGGAGGUGGAGGGCCUUGUCCACAGCUACAUUGCACGAACAGCCUUCUCUGCUCUGGGUUUCACUAUGGCAGUUAUUGGAAUCUGGGGUGAUGGUGCACCUCAGGCAGUUGUCUAUGUCUCAUAGGAGAGUUUGACACAUUUUGCGAUUUACUUUACAAGUUGAGAGAGAUAAGUUAAACACAAUGGCGUUCCCAUUUUCUUUUACGAAUGAUAUUUCAUGAUUAGUUAGGACCAUCUCAUAUCAACAAUUCAUUUUCGUCUCAAAAUGUGAAAACGGAAAAAGAAACAUGACAGCCGUAUAAUAAGUAAAUAAACCCCAAAGUCCCCAAGUGCAAGCUUGUUGAGUAUCGGUUGAAGACUCGAUGCAUAUUUGAGAAGAAAAUCAAAUCCUGUGCCUUGAUGGCCACAGCAUAGACACCACUCAAUACAGUGAUUCAUAAAUAUCGGAACUUUCAUCGGAACUGGAAGAACGACCGUAAUCAGAGCCUGACGAACUGUUUUUUGAGCCAUGGCGUCGCUUCGUCUCCCAGGCUUGAGACAGACGAGACUUCAUCUCCUGGACAGCAAAAUCAAUCGUUGUGCCGGACUCCUUUUCAUCGGGAUCGACUUCUUCGUCGUCAACCCGAGCUUGAACGCUGAAAUACCUUGACGCUGAGUACUUCUCACCCAAUCUCUUAGCAACAUCAUUGGCUUCAUUCAAGCUUACCAACCGGCGUUUCCCGGGAUGCUGCUUCAUUGUGGUGCGGCAGAGAUCCCAUAAAACGAGAUCGAUGCUUCGGGAUUCGAGCCUUUUGCUUGAACGAUUCUUCUCAACACCCAUGGAAGCCAAAAUCAGAGGAACUUCCUGUGGCUUGUAGGUGUCACUGAGCCCCAGACUUUCGAGCGAUCUCCUCUGCUCUGUUGAAUGAGCGUCCAUGGCGGCCUCCUGGAUAAACUCCUCCGAGUUCUUUCGCAAGGUAUCGUGGACGCGAUUUCGGUCUUUGAUGCUGGGCUUGUCAGGCAUGGUAAACUUCUGGCUAGUGAGUUUGUCAUGCGCGAGCUCAGCAGGAGUCCGACCGACGGCGUUCUCCCGGUAGACAAGGCUGGGCUUAAAUUCUACCAAGACGCGAACAGCGGCAAUCAUGCCAGUCAUAAUCGCCGUGUGAAGGCACGUGUCCCCUGCACCGUUGAGCAUCUCGAGUUCCUCGCCCUUGGAAUACUCGAGAAGGAGCUUGAGCAUCAGGACCAAUUCCUUCUCUUGGCCAAUGUAUGGCUUAGCAUACCCUGAGCCGUUAUAUCUGCGGUAAUUGUUGCGAUUGUCGGCACCAAGUGCCAUUCCUGAAACUUGAGAAAUCCAAGCGUGUACGGGGGUGGUGCCGUUCUCGUUGAGGUUCUUUCGCUGGAGGAAAAGAUGGCUGCGAAGGCCUGAGUCCAAGAGGUCCAGAAGCUCACGAAGCUGAUAUGCCUUGGGGCUGCGUUCGAUUGCUGCAUGGAGGAUAUUUUCACCCCUUUGGUUCCGAGUCGACUGAUCCGCAUUAGCUGCUAGCAAGAUUUUGACUGCGUCGAUUCUUCCAAGGCGGCAAGCUACCAUCAGCGGUGUAUCACCUUCAGAGUUCUUCUUCUCGAUGAAGUCUGGGCAAGUUUCAACAAGAUAAUCAAGCAGCUCGUUAGCAUUGUCUCCAGGAUACGCCAAAACCGCGCAAUGAAUCACGAGAUCAUCUGUCAACAGAGUCAGUACUGUUUGCAAAGAUUUUGGUUGAAGUGCUUACUAUCAGCUCCAAGCCACUUGGAGAUUGCGCGGUCGAAUCCGCCAGGACUCUCCUUCAAAUGCUUGAAUCUUGAGUCCUCCUUGGAGGCCUUGGACUUGGCAAACUCGCCAUACAACCUAUGCGGGGCAUCUCCAAGAAAGAGUUCGACGCUCUCCACACUACCACCCAGAGCAGCAUGGAGAAGAGGCGGCGUCCUCAGUCCGCUGCUUUUGAUAACCAUACCACGUCCAGCAUUUGCCCAAUCCUUUCUGUGAAAUGAAUCAGUGGUGAGUAAAUAAGACGAUGGACGUUACUUCGUACCUUUUCCUGCCGUAGACGGUCAGUCCCUGGUAAUAUCGCGGCUUUCGCUUCAGCUCGACACCACUCUUCUUGACGAGAUGAUCAAGUGGUAUGCCUGCCCCAGUCCGUUUGAUUACUAGGGCGAGCAAUUGAGUCUUCCCGUGCUCAAUUGCCCACUUGAAAUCCGACUGGGGGAAGGUAAAGCUGCAGGUCGAGCCUUCGUCCUCUUGAUCGGCGUCAUCGCCUUCAAACUUCUGACCUGAAUAGUGUUGUGCCAAGUCCAAAAGGAGCUUGAGGCCAGUAGUAUCGUUGGUGUCGAACGUGUGGACGAAUAAGCUUCUCUUCUGAUAUCGGUACUCAACCUUCUCCUUCUCAAUCAACCAGCUUGGAACCGAUUCACAUAUGAUUUGGAGGGGUUUGGUAUGAGACUCCACCUCCAUAGAAACAUGCCCAAUAUCGUCGAUGGUGAACUUGUCCUGCACCUUCUCAGACACUAUUCGUGGUUCGUUCUCGCUGGAGUUAUCAGAGUCAUCGGAAUCAGACUCAUACUCCUCGUCUUCGUUGCCAGCCUCCAUUCUGAAGCGGACCUUAUCCUUUUUGGGUGGAGACCAUUGUGCCUUUACAAUUUCAAGCAAAGCCCUUGCUAGGUCAUGGUGUCCUCGAAGGAAGGCUACCGAGAAAGGAGUGUUGCCCAUGUUAUCCGAGACAGCGAUCUUGAGCGGUGGUUGAUCCUUUUCGGCACCCCAGGCUUGAAGGGAGAGCUCCUUGACCUUCUCAAUGUCUCCCGCCCACGCAGCCUCCAUUCUGUUCCAAUUAGAUAAGACAAUGAAAAGCGAUCUGGAUGUACUUACAGCUCAAUGUAGCCAUCUCUUCUCUUUUCCGUCAUAUCACGGUCAUUGUUGAAUGAGAAGUGAAACUCGAAAGGCUUGAUGGCCUUUUUCUCGUCCUUGAUUCGGCUACUUGUGCUUGAGGCAUUGUUCCUCAGAUUCGUCUUGAUGUCAGGAUGCAACUCAUCGAAGAUUUUACCACCUCGGCUUAUGAGUUCUUCUUCAAGGGCUUUGAAGCCUGCUGAUAGCUCCUUGAUUGCUUCCAGCUUUUCCGGAACUCCUUUAGGCUCUGGAUUCUUCUUGAUAUCCUCCUCAUAUCGCUUGAGACGAGACGCGAAUGACCUCUUUUGACUCCCAACUUGCUCUGAAACAACCCAAUGAGAGUAACUUCCAGGAGUGAAGUGACUCAGGAAUUCAUCCAUCCCCGGGGUCUCCCUUGGUUUCACAAGUCCGUUCGUUUCAACGGUGAAUCCACGAAGACGCUUCAGCGACUUCUGGACCAGGUCUAAAGCUGAUUGACCCUUGUUCCAGUUUCUCUGAUACUCAUUGAAGAUUAGCCGAUGUGUCUCUGUAUUCAGUGAAUUUGGGUCGGCGCCGCCUUCAAGAAGCUUGAUUGCAACGUCUGUGCGACCAGAUCGGAUGGCGGUGAUUAAUGGCUGUUCAACAGUCUCCUUAUACAUCUUCUGGUUGGUCUCCAGAUUGCCCAGGCGCCCAGACAUGUCGGAGACCUUGGCGGACUUCAACCAAUUAUCGAAGUCGAUGUGAGCUGCAGCACCAGCAGUCAGCAGCUUCAAUACCAAAGCGACAUCACCACUCUGAACCGCAGUGUUGAUCGGAGCAAUAGUCUCUGCGUUCCAAUAACUUCCAUCGCAGACCAUGUGAUUGAUAGCUGCCUUGAUGCCCGUCUUGUCGUUAUCCAGGAGCGUAUCGAUGAGUUCCACCUCUCCAGAUUCAACAUAUCUGUGGAAAGCAGUGCAUCCUUUUGAAUCAGCUUGGGCAGAUGUUGCACCGAGUCGCAUGAGGAGAUUUGCCAUCGAUUUGGCCUUGUCAUUAGGCAGUGUCAAGGCCAGAACUAGUGUCAGAAUCACACGACUGUCGCCAUGUUCCGCGAGAGACUUGACGGGCAGAAUCGAAUCGGUCCCGUACUGUGUAGUAUUUGUCAGUAAAAACUCCUUGACAUCUAGGUUAGGGAGUCAGAUUGAUUUCACUUACAUCACAAAGAACCCUGACAGCAUCCUCGUUGCCUUCUGCGAUGGCAAGAUGAAGAGGAGAACACUGGAGAUCCCAUGCUAAGGCGUCAACAUUGAAGAAAUCCGGCUCGUCUUGUGACUCUUCGGGAACAAGAUCCUCAGCAUUCUCUGCUUCAACUUGCUUUAUCUUGACGAAAGACCCAGUAGUCAUAGAUGCGGCAUCGGCAUCUGUUGUCUCGUCAUCAAUAAUCUCGCCAUCUGAUUCUCCAUCGGGAUCUGAUGCAGCACCCUCGUUACGGACCCCGUCAUUAUUGUCAGAACUGGGCUUCUUUGCUGCUCGGCGCUUCUUGUCCUGUCGUUCCUCUUCAGCCUCUUCGUUUUCGAUUGACUUCUCCAUCAAAAUUUUGAUAAUCUCCACAUCACCUCGUGAAGCAGCGAGGUGUAGGGCAUUCUUGCCAUCCGCCAGUCGUGCAGUCAGCCGUGCACCGCGCUCAACAAGACACUUGAUGACCUCUGGCGUCGAUGUCAUCACGGCGAGGUGGAGAGGGGUUCUGCCAGUGUAGUCUCUCUUGUUAGGGUCGGCAUCUUCCUGGCUUAGCCAGUUUGAUACGUCGUCAACGUCACCAUCGACGAUUGACUGGCAAAGCCUGGUAACGUUACCCACAUACGCCAUAUCAGUCCAGUCUUGCUCAGUCAGAGGGUUGAAAGAACCAAUUUGCUGUCGGCCAGGGUCGUCGAUCAAGAAGGAGACUUUGCCUUUGAUAUAAAUCUCAGCCUCCUUCUCUGCAACUUCCUUUUCCUGGUCCGUAACAGGCUCUGGGCAGCAACCGCAGCAGUCUUCAAUCACGUCUUCUACACGCCCAAAGAAUGCAGGGUGGCGAUGCAGGUAAACCUCUCGAUCAUCGGGCUGGUUCCAUUCUGCAUUGAGAAGAAGAUCGCGCGUAUAACAGAGUUUCUCGAUCCGCUUGGCAUUGAAGUGCUGCCCAUAAGGUACAGUGAAGGUAUGAUAGUUACUAACGUCCUCCUCAGACAACCAAUCAGCAAUUUCAUCCUCAUGAUAGUCCUUGAUGUUGCCGUGGAGGACCUGGUGGGAUCUAUAAACCCUGGGCCGGCCUCGCUCCUCACGUCUCUUGUCGAGAUAAGUAUCUCGAGCUGUGGUGGUUGGAAGUCGUUCAAGAACAAGGAGACGAGCCAAGCCUAGAGUUCUUCUGAAACUUCUUUCGAAGAUGGUUGGAUCGAUCUGGUUUCGAUCGAGUUCAGGCCAGUAGACCUCAAAGUUUCUGUGUGAAUACUUUGACAGUCGAUUCUCGUAAGAAGGGCUUCGACGAGUAAGAUCAAUGUGGUUGAUUUGCGUGAUGAAGCUUCCGAGAGCCCGGGGAGUCACGUAUACCUGAGUCCUGUUAGACCAAGCCAAAAACUCCGGACCCCCUUGCUAAGACAAUGUGUUCUCGUGACGUAUGCUGACUUACCUGAGCUCCAUCAUAUGCUCCACCUGCAGCGUCAAUGUCAAAGCCAGUGAGGAUUUCACUAACAGAUUUGUAGACGCGGAGAACAAUCUGGAAUACAAUCAGUGAUCAUUAUGGUAGACGUGAGGCAGUGUGGGUUUCUGUACCUGAAUGUGCCGAACAGGAUAUUGACUAGCAAUUGUAAUUGCAUAUUUUGUUCUCACGACUGUUACCUCAUUCAAAAGAGCAUCUUUGAUUGCCUGUUCAAUCUGUUUGAUCUUGUCGAUGGCCUGAUCGUGAUUGAGCCCAUACAGAAAGAGAUCAACAUCGGAAGCAGGGCAGAACUUCUCGUGGUAAUACUCUCGGAGUUUUCUUUUGGUUGUGUUGAACUCUUUAGGGACAGGCAGAAGACAGUUGACGACUGAAGAACCAGCAGCCACAACGUUUGACCAGUCUAAGUCAGCCAGUGAUGAUUCUGAGAAUAUGUUGAAGUUCUUCUGGAACUCUUCGAGGUUCGCAACCGUCGCAGGGGAGUCAUGAGCACGACGCUUAUCAUCUGGAAGAGCCAUUAUGUACUUUGACUUUUCCUCGUCAGACUCGGCGUCCAGAUUACGUGCGCGAGUGGUGAUGAAAUUGGUAUUCUCAGUAAAGAGGGGAACCACAUUGAGAUAGGGGUCACCGAGGAUUGGGUUCUGGCGAUCUUGUGCAUAUAUAGAUCGCAAGUUCGCUUCAUACUCGCGAUAUGGCUCCAUGAUUUCAGUGAUGUUUAUGUCUUUGUGGUCAAAGAUGUACUUCGCCAGCUCCGAAUGAGGAGCAGGGAGCUUUGGGAGAUUGGCCAUUUUUGUUGGGAGAUCAGGAAUUCUAGACGUAGAAGAAAAGAGCUCGAAGGAUGGGCUGGGAAAUAGAGAAAACAAGGAGGCUGAGGGUGUGUAGGGGAGAGAAAACGUGUAUAAAUGCGAAGUACUGAGCUCGUUCAAUGCAGAUGACACAAAGUGAUCUUGUUGCAGUAAUCAAACGAAUAUGAUAUCAAGCUAUUAGAGCGACUUAGGUACUCAGAGAAAGAACACCCGAGC